AUGCCCAAUGCACUCACCAUUCAGGACAAGACCAAACCGGAUCGAUCGGAAUCAGUUUCCCCCGUCCCAUCUCUUUUGACCCCUUUGUCCAGAGUGGGCAGUGUUGAUCGGGAAGAAAAUGAUCCACGCGCCGCUUCGAAGUCCCCAAAACGACGCAAGAUUGAGGACAUAGACCCAGAUCACGAACCCACGGACGCGUGCGAGCGAACCAGUCGGUACAUCGCGGUGGACGACGAGCACGCCACAACAACGAAGACAUCUGUGAAGAGCGGCGAUCCAAAGAGCAAGAAGCUUGCCUGUCCAUACUACAAGCAGAACCCGAGGAAAGAAGGCAGGCCGGUGGCCUGUGUCCACCCGGGCUUUUCCAGCGUGGCAAGGCUGAAGGAGCACUUGUAUAGAAUCCACAGGCUGCCAAUUGAAUGCCCACGGUGCCAGGAGCAUUUCAGCAGUGAGCAAGAGAGAACAGUCCACCUCAGUGCUUCUCAAAGGUGCACGCCGCAACCGCGGAUUUCGAAUGCUGAAGGGUUUGACAAAGAUCAAGAGCUGAAGUUAAGGACCAAGAAGAGGUCGAAAGGGGAUGGUGAUGAAGAGGAGAAGUGGAGAGGUGUCUUCAAGAUCCUUUUUCCCGACGUUGCACUGGACAAAGUGCCAUCUGCUUACCUCGAACCCGAUGCCGCACUAGCAUCUAGAGAGCGCCCGGCUCAGGAAGUCAAAGUAUUGGAUGGGUUUGAAUCAUUUAGUAGCAAAGAAAUACCUCAGGUUGUCGAGAAAGUGAACAGGAAACGUCUCGCAGAGCAAGCUGUGACUCCACAGCUCCUGGAGUUCAUAGAGAACUGUCAAAGGGAGCUUUUCAACCAGUUUCGUCAUACGGAGGUAUACAAAAACAUCAUCGGUCAGGAAGUGGCUCCGGAAAGCGUCAACUGGGAACAACCUCAAUUUCAGAAACAUCUAAGGGAUCUUCAGCCUUGGACCGCUCUGAGCAGAACUCAGUCUGAAGAAGUGUGGCAUUAUACGUACACCGUAUGCGACUACAGAAUGGUAUGUGGCUAUGCCCCUCCAAAGCAUGCACAAGUGGUCUCGCCGCUACUGGAGCAAGAAAGUUGUUAA